AUGGAAGUGGAACCUACUGAGUUGGAAAAACCUCUGCAGCUUUCUUCCUCUGACAAGUUGCAAACUAAACCUAGACUAUGGAAAAGAUCAGAUUCCAGAUUAGGAAGACUACAGAGGCAAACUAUCAUUCUUUCAAACCAAGAUACUAAUACCUCAUUGAAGAGACCCAGACUAGAUGAGAGUGAGAGGUUUGCCGGAUCAGAAGGUUGCCCUCCCAAAUGGGGGGAGGUCUUCUUUCUUGUCGGAAUUUGGGAUCGUGUAGGCCAUGGGAUACAAAGGUUGGCUCGUUCGUUUCGAAGGUCGGAUCGGGCGGUGACGGUGAAAUUCGGGGUUUCCCUUCGCAAUUUGGGAAUCCCAUAUCGUCAAUCGGGUCGUUUUCGAGCCCGACCCGAGUUUGAUGACUGA